AGUUAGCUCGGGCGCAUGCGCAAUGGAGUCCCGCUGACAGUUUUCUCGGGAUUUGUGGCGCAGCGCCCUUGGGUCUCGCCAUUGUGCGAGCGGCGGAGGGGUCUGAUGGCUGAGGCGGGGGCCGGGCCCGCCUCUGCGGAGUGGGAGGCCCCCACGCGGGUCCUGCGGGCUCUCACCUGGCUCGGGCAGGAGUUCCUGUCGGACUGGGAGGCCCAGGACUUGCGGGCCGCCGUCUUCCAGUUGCUGUUGCUCUGGCUGCUGGUGAGCUUGCUCGGCAUCCAGGUGGCCUGGCGGGUCUACGGGAACACCGUCACCAGCCUCUACUAUCGGCAAGGCCCUGGAGGACAGAAUGGAGAAACUCCAGAUGGCUCUUCACACUUCUCUAUGUGGGAGAGCACAAGCAAUGCAAAUACAAAAACACAUCGGGAGUAACAACAGAGGUGACCAAGUCAGGCUCCUGCUGCACCAGGAGCACAGAGGAUGGGGAUGCCUGCCUGCCCGCCCAGAGGCCUUGCUGUUUCAGUGCAAAGGGAAGGUGCAAAGUUGUCAUUUCUCCCAUGCUGUGGCUUAAUUGCUGGCCAUCACCAGCGCUGUGAGGACUGCUCCUAUCCAUCCAGUUACCAAGCGCUCAAUCUCAGGAUUGCUUUACUCAGGUUCGGGAAGCUGCAAUUCCCCACCCCCCGCUUCCCCAUGACGUUGUUUUCACUCUUUCUCUUGCGGUGUCACAAACCGGCCUGUGGACUGGCCUCCAGCCUACCUUGUCUCAACAUUAAAUUGCUGGCACAGACCUCAUUUCUUCCUGUUGUGGUUCUUGAAGCCCUCUGGCCCUGAGCCAGCUUCUCUUCAGAAAGGGACCAGGCUCAUUUCUUCCAGCUGAGCCUGACUCAUCGCUUGCUCCCAUAUUCUGAGCAGCUCUGGCCUGACAUACACCAUAGUCUGAGUCAGCCGUGCCCAGGUGAAUUGGCUACAGCUUGGGAACUCCAAGCCUACAUGGCCAAUCGCUGGGGAUUCUCAAAGUUGUUCUUCAUAUUUAGUAGGGAUUGGACUGGAGAAAUUUGGUCUGGGCAAUUUUUUAAAUGUCUUCCUACCUCUGUUAGCUUUGUAGUAUGUGCUGAUGACUUUCUUCAGCUCAAUGGUUUCUAGAACAGUUCUGUUGCAAACCGUAAGUCAUGGUGCUUAUGGCUUGGAGGACAAAGAUGAAGCUGUCUCUGCAGCCGUGUGAUCUAAGAUAAUGCUGAUGCAACACCGAGCUUUCUUCUUCUUUGCCAUGUGCUGCUACUUACUGCAUAGCUUGUAAUGUAUGAAUUAUAAAGAAGCAAUUAAAAAAACAAAAGUAGCUUGGUUGUUACUGCAGUAGCUAUUGCAUGCCGAUGCAUGUGGACUGCAUUUCAUUAGUUAAGGGCCAUGCUAUACACUGAGCAGAAAAUAGAUCUCCUAUAGAGAUCUUUUUCACUAAAAGGUUGAAGGGGAGGCAUGCAACUUUUCCCUGAGUUGUUUUCCUAAUCUAAACCACUCUCCAUGGAGCUAAUGUUAAUUUUAAAUGGAAGCUAACAGCUAUGUUUUUGCCCCAUCAGCUCCUGUAAAUACUGUAACCUGGCUCUGUGUUUGGAUUGGUUUGGUUCAUAUAUGCUUUCAAGAAAGUUAUGUCUUCACGGAUCAAAGCAGAAAUGGGGUAGCUCUGAACCGUCUGCCGAAGUGGAUGGUAGCAUCUCGCUGACCUCAAAAAACUAAACCAAGUUGGUCCUGGCUAGUACUUAGAUGGAAGACCACCAGGAAAUGCCAAGGCUAUGGGCUGGACUGGAAAACAAAGCAAGCAAACAAAAAUCACCAAAGAUGACAAUAGUAAACUAUUUUAUUGUUGCCAAGAAAUUUUCAUGGGUGUCCUCAUGAAAUAACCAGGAGAUGAGCUGUACUUCAAGGGACUAUCUGAAACCUCCAGCUCAGCUAAAAACAAAGAAAUAAAAGAGGAUUUGCCUAAGCUGAACCACUGCUCCUGCUUAUUCUCACAAAGCAUGUGUUGAACAAUUAUAAAAGCCGCCUUCUUAAAGAAAAUGGCUCACAAGUAGUUCUGCUACAGCAUUUGCUACCAUCAAAUCAGGGGACUCGUAGGCAUUCUCAGAGUAUAAAAAUGGAGAGGGAUUACAGUCUAGUGUGCAUCUACCCAGGAAAAAGACAGGUGAUCAGCUGGGAGCCACAGAGCGGGUUCUUGAAGAUGAGGGUACAAAAGUUAAGUGGAGAGCAUCUUCUUCAGUUUUCCUUCUGGUAAAUUAGAAUUUUGUGACUGAUCAUGCCUCUAAUUUUGUAAGAGUGCCCAGAAUGUGUUUUCCAAAUUCCAAUGUGCCUACCAUCCCCAAAAAGUUUAGAUAGCCUAGAUACAACUAAAUUAUCUGAACUAAAUAACUCAUGACAGUAACUAAGAAGCUACUGAGCAGAUGAGAGGAAUAAAACCAGGUUACAUUUCUGCCUAUCAGUCUUCAAAUAUUCCUCCUCAUGCUGCAGUCAUCAAUGAUAGACUGAUAUAGUUUUCUUGAGGCCCAGCUUGUCUUCAGUAGCAGUCAUCUACCAGAUCCCUCAUAGAGUCAAGUGUAAUAUAAAAUUAAACAUCUCUGCUGGCAGCAGCUUAUUUUACAGUGUAGUAAUGGGUAGGUGUAAAGGGCAUUUUAGUCACAAGAGCUGGGUAAUUCUUCUUCCUCACCUCUACAGUGAGGGCUGUGUUCAGUUUGCUGUAUUCGCUGUCCACAUAGCCCAUAGCAAUAUUCUUCUGCAGGCACGGUGAUGGGCAGCCACUAGUAACUUCACCUAAUGCACAGAGAAGCAGCCAGAGUAUUGCUCAAUAAGGAGCAUACAAUUUCUACCAAUAACAACAGGAAAUGAGUUCCCAGCUUUUCAAACCAUCCUCCCCCAGUAGCCCUUGAGUUGCAUAAGAUUCUUGUUUCCCUUGCAUGGUGCCUUCCAGAUGUGCUGGACUAAUUCCCACAAAUUUUAACCAGCAUAGUUAAAAGCAGAGUCAGCUGUGGAUUACAGGAGCUACAAUCCGUACUGAGGAAGAUUAACAGAGCAAUGAACAAACAUGGUGUUUUAGCUAGCAACUAAGAACAAGCAAACAGGACAUGGUUAUUUCAUGCUCAGGUCAUUUGUUACUAGGUUACAACAGAUCAAUUCAAACUCAAAAUGGAACAUUUUUAGCUCAACACAUUUUAAAUUUGAAUUGUUUUGUGUAUAUCAAGUUUACACAACAUGUUAGUGUAAAUAUGUAUCAUUUAAUUUUGGAUGUGCAUGUUGUAUGGAUCCAGCUGAUUGUGAUAUAUUCAAUGAAGUAUCAUUACACAAA